AGUCCGAGGGCUUUGGGGUUCCUGACAGUUUGCCAAAUGCCAUAUUUGAGAGAAAGACUGAAUGAAUAGCGUGUGGAAGCAGGGCGUGCUGCCUGGUUUGCCUUGAGUUAGUCUGCUGAUGUCUAUUAGUGGAGGAGAGCUGGUGCUUUAUCGCCAAUACCUGACUGCUGUGGUUUCUCCAAUAACUGUUUAAACAUCUGCCGUAUUUCACUACGCACGCCCAUUUAGCUUUUACAUUUAACCUUGCCCCCAUACUUACGAAGGGACCCGACGAAUAGAUGGCUGAGAUACCGAAGACACCAAUGUCUUUAAAAGAAAUGCUUUUAUUUUCGGUUUCAACUGUGCCAGUUGGAACCAGUAUUAUAAUGUAUUUCUAUGUAAAAAAAAAAAAAAUCUUCAGUAUUAUGUGCAGGACUGGAUACUUGCUGACCUUACGUACUGCCUUUUUUUUACAAUUAGGUUCGUCUCUUCGCGGUUGGGCCACGUUUAUGUGUUACGGAGUUCAUUUAACCGUUUAAUAUAACCGUAAACGUUUAAGGCAGCUUUUCAUGGAAAUGUAUACAGUAAUCUAAAGAUAAGAACACAUUUUCUCAUGAGUCUGCAUGGUUCUCUUUAUUAUUGGCAUAGUGGCCAGAUUCCGUAACUCCUUGUUAUCCGUAAAUUUUCAUGACUGGAACCUUAUCAAAAACGGUGACUCAGACUAACCUCGAUCAAAUCCAAGAAUAUAUCGUAACAAUCCACCAGGCAGCAAAUUGCCAUUUAACCUUGUCCGAGUUGUCAUAUGACUCUUUAGACCCGCCGUGACAGUGAAACGUAGGGCCCUACUGUUGCACUGUUGUUUUGUUUGAUGUGCAGGCCUGUGUUGUCCUGGCUGAUGGAUUUGGGGGUAUCCAUGUCUAAAAAGGAAUGUGUGAUGGAAGAAACAUGUGUAAUGCGUGCAAAGAAAGUCCUAAGUGUAUCACCGCAACAGCGGGUCAGAUUCUCAAGGAAGCAUAGGACUGUGGCAAGUACUGCAAAUUCAUCCUCACUGGGUGGCAGAUCAGCUUCAACUCUGGUAACAAGCGGCAGGUGCCGUGGUUGUUAAGGUAGUGGAUUUCUAACAAAGAGGGGGCUAUUUAGCCGUUUUACCUUGUGGGGUGGCUCUGUGUCGGGUGUGACUUAUCUUUUGGGGACAUGUAUGGCCACUGUGCUGAACUGUGCGGCUGAUUUAAUCCAGAAUGCAUUCAUUCCAUGUGCAAAACUGAUUUUACUAUGCCUGAGUACAUGAACGAAUACACACACACACACACGCUCUUAUUGAAGAACCUAUUUAUCACAAACUGCAUUUACAUGCCAUUAGGUCAAAUGCUUAUUUUCUGUGUUGUAUCCUUUUAGUAGGGCUGAGCUAAAUUUAAGGGACACUGUACUGAAAUGACUGUUUGAGUAGACGCACCAAUAAGGAAAGCUGUACUUUAACUGCUCGGUGUCCUACCGGUCAGGUUGGAGUCUACAGCGAGGAGCCGGAACAGCGGGGGCAGCCAAGCGGCUACAGCCAAGUUGGGUCAGGAGCCAUGGAGGUGGUGUCCGUGCUCGGCCUGAAGAGGAGGUUUGAGGAGGUGGACAGUGGCUCCCCUUGCUCCACCCCCAAGGACUCGGAUGACGACAUCUCCAGCAGCGACAGCGCCGACAGCUGCGACAGCCUCAACGCCCCCUCCACCACCUUGCUCUCGCCCACCUCCAUCCUCAGGCAGCACAAGCCGCCGCCGGGCCCCAAGAGGGUGCGAUUCGACGCGGUCACCGUCUACUACUUCUCACGGCGGCAGGGCUUCACCAGCGUGCCCAGCCAGGGCGGCAGCUCCCUGGGCAUGGCACGCCGGCACACCACCAUCCGCCGCUACACCCUCGGCGAGUUCGCCCGCGAGCAGGAGAGCAGCCACCGGCAGGCGCUGCGUCAGCACCUGCGCCAAGAGAAACUGGACGCUCGCAAGCGGAAGCUCACGAGAAACGGCACGGUGGCAUGCGCGGCUGCCGACACGCUGACCUUGGACGACGUGUCAGACGAAGACCUGGACGUCGAGGGCAUGGAGGUGGACGACUGCUUCUUCCUGCAGCCGCUGCCCACUAAGAGGCGGCGGGCACUGCUGCGGGCCUCGGGCAUAGUGCGCAUCGAUGCCCGCGAGAAGGCGGAGCUGCGAGCCAUUCGCCUCUCGCGGGAGGAAUGUGGCUGCGACUGCCGCUCAUACUGUGAUCCGCGGCGGUGCGGCUGCAGCCAGGCAGGCAUCAAGUGCCAGGUGGAUCGCCUGUCCUUCCCCUGCGGAUGCUCGCGGGACGGCUGUGGCAACACAGCGGGCCGCAUCGAGUUCAACCCCCUCCGCGUGCGGACGCACUACCUGCACACCAUCAUGAAACUGGGCCUGGAGGAGAGGCGGCUGCUGGUGCCGCGGCCCGGGGAGGGGGCCCAAGGGGCCCAAGAACCUCCUACCUCUGCUGCUAGCACCUCUGUGGACCCACCUCCAGGGGCCUCGGUCCUCUCCGACGCGGGGCUGGACGCAGGCACACUGGGCGCGCCCACGGACAGCCUGGAGGUGGACUACGUGGCCCAGCGGGACAGCUUGGCUCUGGAGAACGAGGCAGCCGUGCUGCAUCUGCAGAGCGCCGAGGAACAAGAGCGGCGGAACCGUGAGCAGGAGCAAGAGGAGGGCGAGACUGGUGAGGUCCAGUGCGGACUGGGCCAACCGGGCCUGUGCCUGCUAGCAGAGCCCCCGCAGGACGGGGAGGCUGUAGAGCAGGGUGCAGGGCCCUUCCUCAUCCAGGGGGCCUUCCCAGCAGGGGGCUCCCUGCUCUGCUUUACAGAAAGCCAGCUUGAGGCUCAUCAUCAGGCCCUUCUGAAAGAGCCCUCCUCUCUGGUUUACUACCAGAUGGGGCACGAGGAGCCUCUGGCAUUUCCGGAGGAACAUCCUGGAGCAGGCGGUGAUGGAGAGAGUGACGAAGGAGUAGCACAAGAACACAAGAGCUGCCAGCAAGGAUUGGCGGAGAAAGAGCCGGCUGCAGGUUCGAGUUCAGGAGACGACGUGCAAAUAGACAAGGGACAGUUCGCUUAUGACAACGAGUCCCCGCAAAAAACUCCCGCUGUGUGCCAGGGAAACAGCCAUUCUGCCUUCGAGGGGUUUGGAGAUGGAGACCCAUUGUCUUCCCAGGCCUAACUUCCUUAGGUUUUGCAGAUGUUUUGCACAAUAAAGUAUAUUGCCUACCUUAAGUAGAAUAUUAACAAAAAAUCUUAAAAUUGCAAAUAAUAAUAUUAUAAUCAGUUUUCUUUAGAGACAAGCAUGUAUAUUAGACAAUAACAUAGAGGGAAGUGGUCCUGGUGGCAGGACACAAAAGUCUUUAUUUCCCACUGUGCAAUCUGUCAUAUAAGAAGGAGCUGAAUCUUAACAGCCAAUCAGAGGAAGGCAGUUUCCCCCCCUGAUGUGGUUCAGCUAAGGAGCCUGUAGGGGCUGUUACAGGCUUAUUCAGUGGUUCCCAUCUUUGUCUCAAGUAAGCACUGACUUCAAGACAUGCCUUUACUUAUUUCCAUUUUCGUAUACAAAUACAUUGUUGGUAAUACCUCAUUUAGUGGUGAUUCGAAGGAAAGAAAUACAUGGACACUGUUUUUAAGUUGUCAGAGGUCAGCUGUGCUCUCUGAGGCUGUAGGUGGACCACUGAGUGCCCAUGUGAAACCAACUUACUCCUGGAGAUACUUGGUAUAAAUAUAAUGUACUGUACAGCGUUCUGAGGUAGAGGGUCACUCGCACCUUUUUUUUGGGUGGGGUUGGGCUCAGGACCCUCUUGCAUUGAGAGUGAAGACAAGUCAAAUGCACACGUUUUUACGUUUGCCUAGGUUUUAAUUUUCCAAAACAUUUUUUUCUUUUAUUAUUGCAUUAUGAUAAUCAAAAUUAGAGUCCAUCUGCCUUUGUUGUCGCGUAUACGUAUUUUAUUGAAACGCAACAUGCGCCAGACUGAGUUCCGGCAGCCGAGGCAGUCCUACCGCAGCGUUGUGCCCUGCUCAUGUCCGGUAUUUAUUUCCGUCGUGGUCGAUAAAGGAGGCUGAAAAAGCCACGACACUAACAAAUGGGUCACUAAUUCAUUUGUCCUAAAACUUUUGUUCCAUAACUUAAAUGAUGCUCGUGUGCAUUUGUGGGAUAAUUUUGACAGUUAAUGAAUAAAAUCUUUUUUUAAAGUGAGCCAUUACCUCCAAUGGAGAGGGUGGGAAAAAAAGAUUGAAGGGGGAAUUUAAUAUUUCUCCGUUGGCUGUUACUGGAAUGUGUCUUUGGUUGUUUCUUGAGGUAAAAAAAAAACCAAAAACCUGGACAGAACUCAUCUGUCAAAAAUGAACAAAUGAAUGGAAGUGAAAAAUGCGUAGAUCAUUUACAGUUAUACUUGGGUUUUAGUAUAAAAAGUGAGGCCUCCAACAUUGGCAAGAAAAUGUAGGACUUUUUUUUUUUUUUAAAGUAAAUAUAUAAAUUGAUUUUGGUUACUUAAUGUACAGUUACAAGAAGGCAAGUGUGUCGUAUCACGUAUACUGUGUUGUACCAGUGUAUUGUAGCACAUCAUCCUAUGUUUAAAAGGUUUUUAUGAGUAUUCCUCGUGGAUGUCCAACAUCUGCAUUGGCCGUAACAAUAAUACGAUAUUAUUUAAGUGAGAUGUCUUCUGCACCAUUUCUCCCACCGAUAAGCACUCCGAUUUCAGCAGCUACUCACUUGUCAGCCCACUUUAUAACUUGUUUGUGAAUUCAGUGUUUUUUUUCCCGACACCAUAAGGAAGGCGGAAAUGCUAGCGAAGUUUGUCUGCAAACUUUUUUUUCUCAAAUGUUAUUUGUUUUAUUAUGGUUUUCCUUUACCUUUUAAAGGUCUGUAUUUUAUUUUCUUGUCUUGGUGUUACCCUUCAUUGCUGGGGUUCAUAAUCUGUCAACAGUCUCUGUUAUUUAUACCAGCGUUGCAUUUCUGUUUGAUGUUUGUGACUUCAGUAUCAGUUUGCCUAUUCAUUAAAACAAUGUUAAAAUGUCAAAGUCAAAUUGAAAUAAAAGUGACGCACAUUUGGUUGUUUGAA